AUGCAAAUGGCUGGCGGUGACGUGCGAACCGAUCAGCUGCAUGCACUGGAGCUGAAACACUCUCGGGUACACGAAUUCGCCUCCAUCAUCAAAGCAAUAUCAUUUCGAGAGUCUACGUCACUUUGCUUCAUAUACCUCUAUGCUAUAUCUCAGCCAGUUUUUAUUCAGAAUGGCACAUUCCAAGCAACUCCUCAAGGGAUACGUAUCCUCGUGGAUGAUCAUCACUGUGAACAGGCGAUCGCUUACCUGUCAAACGACUUGUUUUCAAGAUUCGAGUUGCGCGAGCGGUCUGUGCACUUCAGACUUCCUCUUAAUCUCGUUAUAGUACGUGAGAUUCUUAAGAAUUGA